AUACAUUAUUUUAUCAGAAAGUAAAAAGAAACAAAAUAUUUUUUCUCAUUUUAUUUAUUAUUGGCAUUUACCUUACGAAUGAAUUUUCGGGACAGCCCGAUGGAUGUCGCCAGAGAAGUGUUUUGAGCUCUAUUCUAUAAAGUGUAGAACUGGUCUAGAACCGUGGAGCAUGGAACGAUCAUCAAUCGUGGAUAUAAACUGUUGAUGUGAUUUUGUCCAGUAAGUUAAACAAAGUUAAAUAAAGAUAUUGAAAAAGACUCAAAAUGUCAAUAUCACAAACAGAUUCAGAAUAUAGUUCAUCCGAUGAAGAGUUGCAAGAAGCUUUCACCAAGGGAUUAUUGAAGCCGGGUCUCAAUGCUGUAGUCGAAACAAAUAAACAACCUAAAAAUUGUGUUAAUCUUAUGAAGCAAAAGUUGAACGAAUUAAAACAGAACUUGCCAUGGAUUGAGAAAUUAGAUAUUGUGAAUGCACCAGCACCAUUAGCACCAGAGUUGGCACUUCAAAUGCAAGAACAAGAAGUAAGACGGGCUAAACAGCUACAAGGAAAUAAGAAGUUACCUCAGUAUGAACCAGCCAAAGAUCCUGUUUUAAAUGACUUUCGCAGGGAAACCAUGUUUCAUCGACAAGCUCAGGGUGCUGUUAUAGAUGGUAUUGCUAAAUUAAAGAAGCUUGGUAUAUCAACAACUAGACCAGAUGAUUAUUUUGCUGAGAUGGCUAAGACUGACAAUCAUAUGCAGAAAGUAAGAGAACAUUUGGUGAAAAAACAAGCAAUAGUGCAAAGAUCAGAAAAGGUAAGACAACUGAGACAACAGAAGAAGGUGGCUAAGCAAAUGCAAGUUGAAGCAACCUUGAAGAAACAUGCGGAGAAAAGAAAAAUGCUUGAAGAAGUUAAAAAGUAUCGUAAAGGAAUGCGAAAAGAUCUUGACUUUUUGGAUGACAAGAAGAAAGCACAAGGUAAACUGCUAAGCGACAAAAUAAAUCAAAAGGCACAAUUCAAAGCAAAAAUGAAGGCCAAUAAAUAUGGUUACGGAGGUAAGAAACGUGGUAGUAAGUGGAACACAAAGAGCAGUUCGGCUGAUGUUUCUGAAUAUAAACGACCACAGAAACCGGGAGUAGGGAGAAUAGGAAAAGGUGGAAAGGGAAAGCAAAGAUUAGGCAAAAGUCGUAGAAUUCAGAUGAAAGCAAAGAGAUCAUAAAAGGAUCUUAAUGAUUAUGGUAAGCUUGAUUUUUUUAUAUGAAUGUACAUAUAAACUGAACGUACUAAAAUUAACAGAAAUACUGGAUUCUUGAAUAAAUAAUUUAUACAAGAUUUUAUAUGA